CAAACCAGGGGAGUGUAACAGACAGACUACAGCAAGGAAUUCCCUCUGCCCAAGUCAACAACAGAGCUGUUUUUUGCACAGCUUUUCUGGAAUAUCAUUUUACCCACCAGAUUUCCAUUUUUGCGUCAUCAAAUGCGAAGCGCCCUCUUUCCACGUAGAUACACCCCCUCCCCUCGAGUAGUAGUUCUUUCUGUUUGCUGGUAGCUGUCACGAUGGUAGAUUGCAGUAACAUAAAUGCCAACAUUAGGAGGUGCCAUGGAAACCUUUGAGAUGAAUUUGGAUCUUUUUGGUACUUCAGCCACAACUGAGAGGUGUCGGAUACAGUAGUCAAGAAGGAACAGGAACAACGCAUCUGUUUGCCAAAGGGAUUGUGCUUGUGCCCUCUGAUUGCCAGAUUCCUGAUUAACAAGUGCCUAGCCUGAAGUCGCUGCUACAGUUGCUGACAAGCUCCAUCUGGGUUUUCUGAGUUUGCUGCUGCUAGUUAGGAUAGGCCGUGGCCUGAUGGUUGGAAGAAGAUUCCUCAGCAACAUCACUUAGCCAGCAAUUUUAGAGUUAUAUUGACUCCAGUAACACAAGACAAAGUAGAAGAGACACAUAUGCUGUUAAAGGAACACUACCAAAGCUAAGGAGAAUGCUCAGCAGAGUGUCUCACAGUUUGUUCAGUACCAGCAAGCAUAUUGUACAGAAUUAGUACUCCAUCAAGAAGUGCCAUUGCACAAAAGCAACUUUCUUGAGAGUAUUAGUGAAACAAUCCUGGGACUUGGACUUUAGAGUGGUCUUGAUGUAUCACUAAUAUGCUUGUUUUCUGUGAACAGAAGUCUAUACCUAGGACAUACUGACUAAACUAUGAGUACUUGAUGAUAAAUUGUCAUUUCUUAUGCCGCUUUAUCUAAACUGGACUGUUUAAAGACUGCACUUUUUGAUGAACAUUGUGAUCGUUUCCUUUAUUUUUAGAAGUAGACAUUGUAGUCUUGUGCCACUUGUCCUGAAUUUCAAACUUAUUUAAAUAAGUGAAACAAGUAUCUAGUACUAGAGGUAAACGUAACGUUUUGGAAUAUGGCUUUGAACAUUAAUCCUAUGCGAGACACAAAAUGGCUGACCCUGGAAGUUUGUAGACAGUUCCAGAGAGGAACUUGUUCACGUUCGGAUGAGGAAUGCAAAUUUGCACAUCCACCAAAAAGUUGUCAAGUCGAAAAUGGACGUGUUAUUGCUUGCUUUGAUUCACUAAAGGGUCGUUGUUCAAGGGAAAACUGCAAGUAUCUUCAUCCGCCAACACAUUUGAAGACCCAGUUAGAAAUUAAUGGACGUAAUAAUCUCAUCCAACAAAAAACUGCAGCAGCAGUGCUGGCUCAACAGAUGCAAUUCAUGUUGCCAGGAGCACCGUUUCAGGCUGUAGCACUGAUUGACAGUCAUGAGGAGUGUGAUGGCAAGCCUUUUCAAGCAGGGUGCUCCAGCAACAAGGAAUUGUCCUGUUUACUUUCCCUUCCUCCAGGAGCAGAUUAUUUUCAUCAGCCUACAUUUUCUGUAUCUCCAGCUUUAGGAACAAAUACUGCCAUUGGCUUUUCUCCGUACCUAACACCAGUCACACCUGGAAUGGGGUUAGUCCCUGCUGAAAUUCUUCCUGCCACACCUGUCAUUGUCCCUGGAAGCCCACCGGUCACAGUCCCAGGGUCACCUGCCACUCAGAAACUGCUACGGACUGACAAGCUGGAGGUCUGCAGGGAGUUCCAGCGAGGAAACUGUGCUCGGGGUGAAUUUGACUGCCGCUUUGCUCACCCUGCUGACAGCACAAUGAUCGAUACGAAUGACAAUACUGUAACUGUUUGCAUGGAUUACAUAAAAGGUCGAUGCUCAAGGGAUAAGUGCAAAUAUUUCCAUCCUCCAGCGCACUUACAGGCCAAAAUUAAAGCUGCUCAACAUCAGGCCAACCAGGCUGCAGUAGCAGCUCAGGCAGCUGCUGCAGCGGCUACUGCAAUGACUCAGUCGACUGCCAAAGCAAUGAAGCGACCUCUCGAGGCAACUGUAGACCUGACCUUUCCACCUGGUGUUCUUCAUCCUUUACCAAAGAGACCAGCCCUUGAAAAAAGCAAUGGUGCCAGCACAAUUUUUAAUCCUAGUGUUUUGCACUACCAGCAGGCUCUAGCCAAUGCACAGUUACAACAGCCUACUACAUUUUUCCCAGCAGAUGGCUGUACAUUCCCUCUGCAUUCUUGUAUGUUGCUGGAAGGGUCAGUUUUGUGCAUGACUCCCGCUGCCAAUAUUGAACAAUCUUGGAUCUUGGAUUUAGAAAAUGACACCCCUGAGCUGUGUGACAAUGAUUAUACUGAAAUAAUCAACAGAAAAGGAGUGGAGUGCCAAGAUGUCUCUCUGAGAACCCCAAAACAGUCUUUCUGUAAAUACUAUGAAUUUCCUUCCUCACUGGAAUUGUCAACAAUUGCAUGCUGAAUAAUAUAGAAUAUAAAUAUAUAUAUAUAUAUAUAUAUUUUUAUUAUAGACUAGGAUAUCAGAUAAGGACCAUUUUACUAGAUAAGGACCAUCUUACUGUUUUAAUCAUGCAGGUUUUAAAGGAAGAAAUCCAAAAUGUUAUCCAAUUCUGGAUCUUCCUUUAUGAACAUAAACACUGCACUUCCCUAGUUAAGAUCUGUGGCAGUCAAAGAUAUAGGGAUCCCUUAACAGAGCAAAGGCAGCUGCCAUAUUUCUCUUUGAGGUUCGAUCUUCAAGGGAAAAUGGUAGGUUUUCUUUUGGCUUUACUUUUUUUUAAUUUUGGUUAACACUGAAAUAGGAAUCCAAGCUGCAUAUUUGUGUGGCUAAGUUGGAAUCCUUGUCCUAGAAAGAAAUCUAAACGCCACCAUUUUAUUUAAUGUAAUAAAUUCUACAGGAUUGUAUCUUAACAUCACACAUUGAAUCACAACACGUAACCUGCAAAACUCAGUUUCCUUAUUACCAGUAGUGGUGAGCUGUGUUACUGAUCACUGUUUAACUUAAAUCAUAAACACUUAUACAUUUCAAUGACUGUGUUUCAUUUCUUUUCCUGAUCUCGGAUGGAUCAUUUCUUCUAGAGCUCUACUUUUAAAGCAAUAUGACACCCUGUUCACCAGAAGAUUAACACCAGUGUAUUCAUCAGGGCAGUUCAUUGGUACAAGUUAUGCUUACUUGUGAUGAAGAAAUAACACUAAAACAACUGCAAUAAUUUGUACACAUUCUUUGUAGAAUUAAUUUACUACGGCCAAGGGGAGGUGCAGACAUUUCACUAGCUAGUAGUCAAUAUAAAACAUUCAUAAAACAACCCCUGGGGAAAAAAGCAAAUAUAUUAGGUAUGCUUCAACACAAAAGGCAGAUUUGAGCCGCUGAAUUCUUUUAAAAUUAGAAAUAAAGCAUAAGAAAAUUAUAAAGCAGUGAUGGUGUGGUAAUGUAAGCUUUCAUGUCUUGUCACUGCACUAUAAAAGAGCUGAGAUAUGAGUUACAAUUGAUUCUCUUCCUGCGCAUAUGUGUGUGGCCUUUAGAAUGUAUACUCAUCUGGUUGUGUUUCACUUGUGUACUACAAUUCUUUUUAAACUGCACUAGAAGUAAUUUUAUUUCAGAGCCCCACUUUUCCAGUUACAAGUAUUUUGGGACAAAACCAGUUGCUGUUUUUAUGUUAGAUUCACACACUUGCCCAUUACAAAAAAAAAAAAAAACACUUUUAGACUGUAGUUCAUUAUGGUUUCUGAUAAUAUCAAGCACUUUUAGGUGAAAUGCAUAUGUAUAUAUAUGUAAUGUUUAUGGCCUUAAUGAAAGACUUGAGUGUUCUAAAAUGUAGUUUCUGUAAGAAAUAUAGAUUGGUAGAACCAUUUAAUGAAGUACUGCUAUUUAAAUUAUAUUCUAAACUAUUUUUAAAUUCAAAACUGACCAUUAUAACUAAACAUAAUUUGUUUUACAACUUUUCAACAGGCUAUGUUUUUCAUAUUAAGAAUACUGUAAAUGAUUUUUUACUGUCCAACUUUAUCUCAUUAAAUAUAACUGAAAAUGUUUGGCUUAUUUCAUGUCCUGAUGAAUAGAACAUCAGUUCUAAAAGUUACUACUUUUAAAUAAAGUAUCACAAUGCAUAUGCAUUGCUGCAUAUAUUCUAGCAUUAUAUAUACACAUCUGUGAACCAUUAACUAACUUCACAAGUUUUGAUUAAAGCAGAGUUUGCCUUUGCUGCCAUACUUUGGCAUAUUUUUCAUUGCAGUAGUCAGAGUCAGCUCUGUGAUGUAGAGGUUGAAGCAAUGAUUACAGCACAGCUGAACCAGAUCAAAUUGCAGCACAGUACGUAGGGUAACCAUCUGGGGUAGGAAGCAAAAAUGAUGAUGGUUGUCUUCUUAUUUUGUUCAUGUGACUGAGGUGAUAUCAGGCUGACAGGCUUGGUCAUCUGAAAACUACCAUCAUGGAGGUAGGGCACCACCUUAGUAAUAGAUGCUAACCGUAAUGCUGCCCCUUCCCCCUACCCUAACCCUACAACUUACCUUGCUAAAAACCCUCAUGUAACACUACCACUGUACAAGACAUAUUCAGACACACAAACAUGCACAAACACAUGCAAAUGACAUUACAUCUAUCCCCUUGUCUAACCCUGACCCUAGCCUAAAAAUACAAAUGCAUAAAACCUAUCCACACACAAGGGUUAAGUCUCUUUACAUGGUGUUACCCCAUUGUGUAGCCACAGUACUUCAUGCACAGAGUAUGUAUUCAAAUAACCCCCCCCCCCCCCCCCCAGGAUUCAGGAAAAAGGAAGACAGAUGUGUAUGGGUUGGUCCCAUCCCAGUGAAUUAUGAGACCAGAAUUAUGUAAAAGCAGUUGUCAUAACUUCCAAGAAAAAUUGUAGCUUGGCAGAGCACAAAACAUUUACAUGCUAAUGUGUUGUCCCACAGUACAUAGACUAGCAGCAGCAGCAGAAAAAAAAGUUGAAAAGCCAUAUGAAAACAAAGAUGUUAGCCACCUCACCAUUCUCUGUGAUGCAGGCUAACCUGCUAACACACCCACACCACUCCCUGUGAUGCAGUCUAAUCUGCUACUACACCCACACCAUUCCCUGUGAUGCAGGCUAACCUGCCAUCACACCCACAUAGGCACCACUCCCACACAGUCAGGUGUUUAGGCUGUUGCCAUUGGGAUCUUCCUCAGCACUGGAACCCAUCAUUACUGUGUUAUGGUAAUUGCCUUUGCUGCACUGUCAUGCCAAAGAAGUCAAAAGAGCUGAUUAAUCUCUGUGUGACCUCACAGUGGAGAACACCAGAAAUAGUUACUGUUACAUUCUAUUGGAUCUGUGGAUGGAAAAUAGAAAAUUUACCCCAGGAGUGCUCCCUGUACUACUAAAGAACAGAGGCAACUCCUAAGUGCUUUAUCCCAUGCACGCUUCUCCUCAAGUUAUGUAUGGUAUUCUCAUUAUUGGUAAUAUAUAAUUAUCGACCAUGGGAUGGGUAAGGCCAAUUUCUAACCAAACAGGAUAAGUUAAUUUGAGUGCAAAAAGGGAAACUGGCUAGUCUUAAAAUCACCCACAAGGGCAGCUAGCCUAGUAUUUAGGUACGAACCUAUGAGUAAGGUAAUAGGUGUAUGAGGAAGUAAUCCUUACUGGUUUUUAAGGUCAUUGACUUUAGGUUUGAACUCUUCGCUGAUCUGUCAUGUUUUCCUCUGGCACAUACUCGUUUGUUGUGUGACACUGGUACAUAUGGUAUACCAUCGAGUAGACCGUGCUCCACACGUCAGGGACUCCAAUACAUUUGCAUUCUUCUGUGCGUUGUUUGCCAUUAAUAUGAUCCAUGUUUGAGUCACAGUAAUGACAGGUCAGCAUAAUAAACAUGGUGUGCAUAAUGUAUUUAUAUAGAUGUGCCCUGUGUUUUUUAUUGUGAAGAAUUCUCCUAAUUCCAUUCUUGUUGUGAUUCCAGAGCAGACACUUUCAAAACAAGAAUUUAUUUUAAAUUGGGCUACUUUGAAACUGCUGUACUAGAAUUAUUGGAGUAAAAGUAACAGGUCAUGAUUGUUUAAUGUUAUCAUUCAACUUUCUAUAUAUGUCUUGAAAGUUACCAGGCAUAUCAGACAUUUUCAGACAAUUGUAGUUUAACACAGACAGUACUUCACAUUGACUACCUGUUGACUAAAUUCAUAAAACGCAAGUGUCUAAAGUUAGAAAUCAGAUCACACUGCCUGCAGAAUAUAUGGAGCUUUGCAAAAUAUGGUAAAGCAUUGUUUUUGAGAAUGUUCUUUUUUAGUUAAGCAGCUGACAUUACCAAAUAUAUAUUCAGUAAAGGAUGUUUAAAAUAGUGUAGACUGGGUCAAACUAAACUGUUAAUUAAAGUAAAAUACUCCAAGCAGAGCUAGGAAUUCAUGUAAAAAUGGCUUACAGCUUAACAGAUAGUGUUGCUGAGGUUAUUCAGAUGAGAUAAAGUCAGUACAGCAGAACCACAGUAUGGAAAAAUUACGCAGUACUUUGCAAUUCUCUUUUAUUUUAAAAUAUAUUUAAAAUCUCAGAUUUAUACAUAUCUUUAAUACAGAAAUAUAGAGAAAUAAAACAGAUUGUAUUUGCAUCUAUUCAAUACUUUAAUGAUUAGGGAUACAUUUUAUUGUGUGUCAUUUAGGAUUCUUUAAUGUAUCUUCAGUACUAUUGUACCAAAAUAUUUCAUUUUUAGAUGUGUUGCAUAUUAUCUUGUAAAUUACAGUUAUGUCAUUUUUGUUUUAUGGAAACAAAAUAAUUUUUGUGAUGAUUUUUAGGAAGUAUUUUUUUUUUUGUUAAGAAAAGAAAGUAGGAGUGAUAGCAGUAUUGUAAGUUCUUAUACUGAGGAAUGUGCAUUUUGUUAAAUAUUGUCAACAUUAUCAGUACUACAGGUUCUGCCCACCUGCUUCAGUAAGGCAGAACUCAAACCUGUCAUGGCAUGGCACCAGUUCUGAUGAGUGUGAAGUCUUACAUCCUUUCUGCAUCUGUUUCCACUGUAGAAAAAGAAGGUGCUGAUCAUAACUUGAACAAUCACAAAGAUUUAUGUUUUGUAUUUUGUGUAUACUAUGGCAAGUUCUUGUAUUCAGAUUGUAAAUAACAGUUUUUCAGUAAGGUGACCAGCUUGUUUGAAUUUGACGGGCCCAGUAAGUCAUUAAAAUCAAAGCUACCCGGUGUCAUUUGUUUACUUUAAACCAUUCGGUGGCAGUUGAGAUUUUGUGAUUUAUCCAUUUACUCAUAAAGCCUUAUUUACUGAAAUGCACUGUUAUGACAACAUGGUCACCGGCUGUCCAGCUGUAUGAGGUGUUUUUACAACUGGAUACUGCCACUUAACUUUUUACUUACUCUGUAUUUGUUAAGCCAUAAUGUGCUGUAUUUGCAACUGUAAUAUUUUAGUUGUUCAUAUCACAAUAUUAGGCAGCCUUUUGUGGCAGCCUAAAUUAAUGUCAGCUAAGAAUAUUGAUAUUUUUUAAACAUAUUGUGUUUAUUAUGUAGUAGUUCACUGUUUAGUACUAAAGGGUAAAUUAUUGAUAUUGUUUUGAGUAUUUUACAUUUUGAGUACCCAUUAAAAUGUUUCCAGUUUCAAGUCUUUUCUGGUUGUAGAUAGAGCCUAUAGGCUGAGAAAACCAUUUGAUGAAGUAGUAUUUGGCUAAAGUAGGGUUUGCUGUGGGCUACUUAAAUAGUUAAAACAGUAUGCAUUUGAAGUCCUAAACCAAAAAAAAUAUGAUUUUCAACUAAAUAUUUGGACUGUCCUUGGAAAGUGUAAAUCAUUCAGGAGGCAGCUACACUUACAUGCAUUUUGAUGUUAUAUCUCUUGUUUGCAAGUAUUAGUGCAUUUCAAGACAUGCUGUAAACAAAUUAUUUGUAUACACUAAUUCAGAAAUGGUUGUUCGGCAGCAGAGACAUCCCAACUGCCUCUUUUUUAAAGUAAAUGUGAGGCAUUCCAAGAGGAGGCCAUGUAUAUACUUCCACAUGUUUACGUUUUUCCACUUGCUCUAACAGAAUUACUAACAAGGACCUUUUAGUACAGAAAAUGUCCUGCUUUAUUUGCAUGAGGUGACCCUCAAGACUUGCAUAACAUUCCCCAUAUAUAUCAAUUUUUCUCUCAACUCUCUGACAAGUAGUAUCCCUCCAUAUCUUUUCACCUUUCAGCAAAGUUUUCCAUUAAGAAAUAUUUCCUGAUGCCCAUUCCAAGUUCCCAUUCAUCAUACCCAGUCAUGCUAUAGUGUUUUUAUCUUGGUUUUUCUCUCACACCCAUGGUUGUUACUUGGUGUAAAUAAUUACUUGUAGUCUGCAGUAAAUUAUCCCACAUAGUUUUAUAUAUGUAUGUAUAUGUAUAUAUGUAUAUAUAUAUAUAUAUAUAUAUAUAUAUAUAUAUAUAUAUAUAUAUAUAUAUACAUUGUCAUAAUUCCCUCUGUGUAUUUGCAGUAUGUAGAAGUUUUGAUGGUUGUGUAUUAUUUCGAUUAUUUUUUUUGCUCCUCCUUCACCACCACUUAAAUAUGAUGUUCUGAAUAAUGCUCACUAGAUAUUCAUAAUGUGCUCCUCAGGAAACCCUCAUCUGCAGAGUCAGGCUGACUUGAAAUGCAAAUAAAUGCUGAGAAUCUCACAUGAGACCAUCAAAUCAUGUUUAACAUUGUAUUAAUUAUUGUGUAGCUGUUCUAGGGAUUGUAAUUCCAAUCCUCGGGGUAGUAAUAUUGUAAAUAUAAAUUUUGGGAGAUAUAUACUAAGUUUGUAGUACCAAUAAGCUUUCCUCCUACUCCGAGGUACAAUGUUCUUGGAGUUAGUAUAGUAAAGUAGCAGGGCUGUGUGAGGCAGAAUCCCCAGAGUUGAAUAUUGAGGGGAGAGAAGGCCACCUCCACAGACAUACAUAUAUGCUUUAAUGCAUUUAGUGAGUUUAAACAUUUGCUUUUAGUUUUGAAGUUCCACAUUAUUUUCCAAAGUUACAGGAUUCACAACUACCAGUUUCACAAUUCCUUUCCUCGGUACAUUUCCCUUAUAUAUCAAGUAACAUUGAACUUGCUAGUUGGAAUUGUAUUCUGUUAUCCUGUGCGGCAGUGCCUUCUGGGAAUUCAUUAUCCCUACAUAAAGCACUGUUUUUUAUGCCAGUCUUAAAACUUUCACCCCCAUUUUUCAUUUAUCUUCUCAGUCUAGCCACUAGUUUUUCUUCUUUAGUUAUAAACCAUUUUCUAGCACAUUGUGAUGGGGCACAACUUUCAUAUUCCAUGACUAGAUUCCCUUCUCUUUUCCUUGGUGUGCAUUUCAAGUGUUCUGAGUCUAUACUUGUAUUCCUUCUCCUCCUUUUUGCUUACCACUUUGGUAACCUUCUGUUGUAUAUUGCCAGUAAGCUUAUGUCCUUGUCUUGAAACAUCCUUCAAAAGCAAGCACUGUAUCUUUUGUUCCAGAUGAGAACUACCAAAGUCUGUAUAACGUGGAAUGAUAUUGGCAUGUUUAGUAAACACAUCCCCUCCAGAAUUGCACUGAGCUUUGCCAGUGCCCUUUCACAGCUUGAUUUGGCCUGGAGAAUGCAUAAUGCCACAAGGUAUUUUCAUAGGUUCUUAGAUUCAUAUGUUCUUACUAAAUUUAUGAUGUAGAAGAUCACAGAGAGGCUGAGCCGUAUUACCCGUUGUUGGUGAGAGCCUAACCACGUCCAAUAUUAAGUUGAUGUUCCCCUCAUAUCCCAGGUAAAAAUUUGUGAUUGUUGAUCCAGUCAUCCUGACGUGGUCUCAUGGUUGUUAGGAAGUACUCUGUUUAGUACUUAAGAGCAGCUUGUUCCAGAAAAAAAGAAAUACAUUGGCUUAAGUACCCGUCAUGCAGUCUUGUUUUGUUGAUGCAGGAGUAUAGGUUUAGGUCUGUAGAGUGGAUGUUAGCUUUACCACUGGUUGUGCUUUGGUGAAUAAGUUCAAGGAGUCCUAUGACAUUCUUAAACACAGAAGGGUAAGUAGAGUUCACUCCUCAGGAGUCUGUACAACAGUGAGUAGUGGGUCACAACUUUUAGUCUGUCAGACUAGUUAAGGGAACUAAGACCUGAGAUCUUUUUGGUGAGGAAACAUUCAGGUCUCUUGAUUUACUUUAGGCGCUUAGCAUGCUGAAGGGUGAAGUACUAAUUCAAUGAUGACCUAAUAAGAGAGGAAUAAAGUGGAUCAAUAAGUUUUUUGGGACUUUAGGAUAUACCAUGAAAGAAAAAUUGAGAAAGAUAGAAAGAUUUUCUAACCAUCACAGAGAUGUGAUGAUCAAAGGAGAGUCUGUUAUCAGCAUAGAUGUACACAUUUCUGAUGACUGUGUCAGAUUUAAGUGGAAUAUUAUCCAUAUGGUAAGUGGUAUUGAUACUAGCGUUACAAUGGAAACUAUGCUGCAUUUUUUGAUAUUCAGAGUAAAUCCAUUAUUAGCAUGCCAGACAUUUGUUUGGUCCAGACUUUGAAUUUGAGUAUCAGUUGUGAUUUGAUAAUGGUGUCAGUUUGAUUAGCCAUAGUCCCUGGCUGUCAGCUUUCAUAUCAAAAAAGUAUAUACCAAAUAGGAGGAGGCCCAAGACAGAGCACUGUGGGACACCACGAGUGAUGGUUUUCAGUCUUUACAAAUACCCCUGACCUUAAUGGUAUGUGUUCUGUCAGAUAGCCAGUUAUGUGUCCAACAAACUAUGUAUUGAUUAAUUGAUUGAGGAGAAUUUGUCAGUAAUCUCAGCAUGAGGCCAGUGUUGAAGUCCUUGGUAAGGUCAAAGUAAUAAGUAUGGACUGUAGUCUCUUUCUCCAUGUAUACUCAGUAGUCCCGUUGGUGAACCCUGGAUGGAAGCUUUCAUAUCAGAGGUGUAUAUACCAAAGAGGAGGGAGCCCAGGACCGAGCCCUGUGGGAGACCACUGGUGAUGUUUUUCUGUCAAUGGUAAAUACCCCUGACCUUAAUGAUAUGUGCUCUGUCAGAUAGCCAAGUUAUAAGUUCAGCAAAUUAUGCAUUGAUUAAUGUUGAUUGAGAAGAGUCUGUCAGUAAUCUCAGCAUGAGGCUGGUGUUGAGGGUCUUGAUAAGGUCUAGGUAAUCACUAUGGGCUGCAUUCCCUUUAUCCAUGUAUACUCAGUAACUCUCUUGAAGAACUUAAAUAGGUAGAGUAGGCAUGAUUGACAUUUUACAAAUCCAAAAUGGUGUGUAUCCAGGGGAGAUAAGGUCUCCAACUUUGCUGCUUAUUAGUUCAGCUGUAAUGCAUUCCAUAGCCUUGCAGGUAAUAGUAAUGAGGCUAAUAGGACUGUAACCAUAUUUAUGCAAAGGGCACUGCAUCAUCUAAUCUCCACACCUCCGGGAUGUAACCAGUGUAAAGACCCAAGUUGAAAAGUUGAUGGAGGAGUUUUGCUUGGUGGGAGUUGGCACCUGUCAGCAGACAUCCAGGGAUAUUGUUAAGACUCAUAUAACUGGCAUUUUAAAUGUUAUAAAGUGCCAAAAGGACUUGGUCUAAAGUGUUUCAUGUGUUCUGUCAGUCCAGAGGGUAAUCAUUCUAACCCAUAUGAUGUCCCUUAAUUUCCCCCACAGGACUACUUAAUCUUCCCACUGAACCCCUGCUUUCACUUUUCUACCCGCCAUUGAAAGCCACAGAGUCUUGUGGGACGCUAUCCUCCUGCUUAAGUAUCACUGCAUUUUGUUGGUGUUACUGAACUGGCUGACCUUACAACACCUCAGCUACAAGCGUAUUCCCAGUUUUGUAUGUGCUUCAUAUUUUGUGGUAUAGGUGUGCAGUUUCAUAGUAUUUUAUCAAUUUCCAUUGUAACUAGAAUAUAUCCUAGAGAAGACAUUUAUUGGAAGAGAUGAUAGCAUCAGCAACUUGUUUUCUUUUAGUAGUGUUAUAAUUCCAACUGCUAAAAAAAAAUCUGAUGCUCAUAAAACUGAUGAAAUCCCCCCCAAAAAAUUGAUUAAGAUUGACAGGUAUAUGGGUUGGCAUGUGGAACUCUUCAUUUUAUUUCUGAAGUAAAAACUGUACUAAAAACGUACCACAAUGUUGUACAUUACAGUUGAACGCAUGCUUAUGUGUGGCAGACUUCUUCAGUCCUUGAUUCUGCUGAAAAGGAAAGAGUCAUUGGAGUUUUCAUUAUUUGAAAAGUAGUAGAAAUUCCAACUUUUAAGCUCCGCCUUAAACAAUGUGUGUCCAUGUGAGCGGACCCAUCACUGCUUCCGCACUGAAGUGUGUGUAAAAACUCCACUCAGCACUGCUGGUGAUGGUUAAGUGAUGUCUACGGUUUAAUUAAUGGCAGCAGACUCUACUGAGAAGAACCUAAGUUUAAACUAAACCCAUAGUUGUCCAUAGGGUGCAGUUUGCAGGGGAAGGAAGAUUGUCAUCUGUGUCAGUAUUCUCAUGUUAUCUGUGUUGUGAAUCCUGUGACCAGCCAUCAGCUGCAGACUCAGUUCUGCAUUCAUGUUUAUCCAGUGCUUUGUGAUCAUUUGUGCUUUCUAGUUUAAAAAAAAAAUCCAGUGGCUCUUCAGUAGAUUCAACAUCUAAAGAAGUCUGCCACUCAGGCAGAAGUACUGACCUGUAAUGUUGUACUAGAUGUUUGGUAUCUUGGAAACUUUUAGCUCUUUUUUUACCCUUUAUAAAUAAAAAUAAGCUUUCCAUAACAUGCUGUCUUUAGCACUGUUAAGUAGCAUUUUGUAAAAAUGCCAUUUUUUGUGAUCUGUGUAGACUCCCUAUGUUUUCAUGGUCUGUUUUUCUUGUAAAGUUGUAUUCUGCUAUUGAAAGCAGACAUUUUUUUCACAGAAUACAGAGAAACCUUAUCCCUGAAUUGCCAACAAGUGUACUGAGUAUAGACCUAACUACAGGAAUGUGACAAAAUUAAUGUCCUUUAGCACUGUUUAUUUAAAUGUUGUAGUGCUUUAACAUACUUUAAAGUGAGUAAAAAGGUACUACCUUGAAAUUUCUAGUUACCUAAAAAAAUAAAUGUUUUAUGCAUGUACUGAAUAUAUAAAUGUAUGUCUUGAACAGCCAACAUGCAAGUCUCCAUAAGAUGGAAACUUUUAAGAGGCAUAUAAUUUUUUCAGAGUUCGCUGAAAAUUUACUGAGUGGCACAAAUGUAUGUUAAAAUAUUGCCAUAUCUUCAGUUUUUCUGAGUAGUGAUUUAUCUCUGCAUCACAUCAGUAUUCAUCUUUUGUUUCAUUUACUACAUACGUUUUAUCAAUAUUAUAGUCAUUUUCCCUUUUCAGCAGUCAGAUGUUACCAUGCUCUUUCUCAAUCUAAAUUUAGAGUAGUAAAGUUUUUCUUGACUUUUUAGAAAGCUUUAUCAGUAAUUUUGCAAUUUUUCCAUAAUUUUACAUUGUGAUGUCACAUUCUUGUAGGAACUAGGAAACAAGCUGGUACAGGAAAUGUUGAGAUGCAGGCAAAAUUAUAGCUACAGACAUUUCAAAUACCAUUAAUUAAAUAGAUGAGGUCACAUGAAAUGGAUAUACCUAGAUACUGGAUAAGUUGUUUUAGCCAUUGCUUUUACACUGUUAUGUAUCGGAAUGUAAAAAAUGGGACUGUCUCCUUGGUAAAGGUUCUGUUGAACUUUUUGCAGUGCAUACUGGUAGCUUUUCCAGAAAGAAGACAUAACUGUCCCCCUCUCAGGACUCUGACAGCAUGAUAUUGUUUAGUAACAUUGUAGUAAAAUGUGAAACAGUCUGUUAACAACAGAAUGAUAGCAGGUGAGCACCGUAAGACCAGACGUCCCGCAAUGCGAAGUAGUUUGAGUACUGUGGAAUUCAUUAUUUACUUGUUAAUAAGCUGUCAUUUAAAUAAAGAACUCUGUGCCACCAAAACACAUUUUAAGCCACUUAGUCAUUUGAUCUGCUGUAUGUCAAAAUUACCGCAAGUAAAAAUAACUUCCUUAUUGGAAACCUUUUACAGUAGCCAUUAGCUACAAUUCUGUUUGUAAUGUUGAUUAGGUUUAUGUUGUAUGAUGAAUUAAGUUCAUGCAAAUGGUGUAAGACUAUUCAGAUAAAGACAAAAAUUAAAAAAAAAAAAAAGACUGA